AUGGAAGGAUUUGAGGACUUGGAAUGCCUCAAGACCCACUCAGAUAUUUCUCUCGACUUGUCCAAGGCUCUGGAAAUGGAUUUGACUAAAGAAAAUAUCCGGGAAAUUGUGGGGACUGUCGCAGAUGACUUGGAAACCCCACAUUCUGACCAAAAUGUGUUAUUUUGGCCAUUCGAGUUGGACGCCUUCCAGAAGUUUGCCAUUUGCUCACUGGAGGAGAGACAGAGUGUGCUCGUGUCAGCCCACACAUCCGCGGGGAAGACAGUGGUGGCCGAAUAUGCGAUUGCUUUGGCACUAAAGCACAUGACUAGGUAGAAGGUGUUGUCAUAUUGUAGGGUUGUUUAUACUUCGCCUAUAAAAGCGUUGAGUAAUCAAAAGUUCAGGCAGUUUAAGCAGACAUUUACUGACGUGGGGAUAAUAACGGGGGACGUACAGGUGAAUAGGGGUGCCAGUUGUGUUGUAAUGACCACUGAAAUCCUCCGUUCGAUGCUCUUCAAUGGGGACAGGAUGGUCAAUAACCUCGAAUAUGUUAUUUUUGACGAAGUUCAUUACAUCAAUGAUUCACAACGGGGAGUUGUGUGGGAGGAAGUCCUCAUUCUCCUUCCUAACUAUGUGGUUGUGGUCCUUCUCUCUGCCUCGGUUCCUAACGCAAUGGACUUUGCCGAGUGGGUCGGGUUGGGGUAG